CCCUGCUAAUUCCGCAGAGAGAUAUCCAGGAGAAAAGAUGGACAUUGGUAAGAAUAAAUCAGGGAACUUUUCUAUGGAUUUUGUGAUGGCUGGAAUGGUAGCCAUAACGUCGAAGAGUGCAGCAGCUCCCAUUGAAAGAGUGAAGCUUUUGUUGCAAAAUCAAGGGGAGAUGAUUAAAAGGGGACAGCUUCAUAAACCGUAUAAUGGUGUUGGCGAUUGCUUUAAAAGGGUUUUCAGGGAGGAAGGCCUCUUCUCUUUCUGGAGGGGUAACCAAGCCAAUGUCAUCAGAUAUUUUCCUACUCAGGCUUUCAACUUUGCAUUUAAAGGUUACUUCAAAAGCAUUUUUGGGCGCUCGAAAGAGAAAGAUGGUUACAUGAUGUGGUUUGCUGGGAAUGUGGCUUCAGGGAGUGCUGCUGGAGCAACUACAUCAUUGUUUUUGUAUCAUUUGGAUUAUGCGCGUACUAGGCUUGGUACUGAUGCCAAAGGGUGCUCAAUCAAUCGUCAAUGCCAGUUCAAAGGGCUACUAGAUGUUUACCGUAAAACCUUAUCGAGUGAUGGCAUCGUGGGACUGUAUCGAGGAUUUGGCGCUUCGAUCAUGGGGAUUACUCUGUACCGUGGCAUGUACUUUGGGAUUUAUGACACAAUGAAGCCUUUACUUUUAGUCGGGCCUCUAGAGGGGAAUUUCAUUGCUAGCUUCUUCUUAGGUUGGAGUAUCACCACAGUUUCUGGAGUGUGUGCCUAUCCGUUCGACACGGUUCGGCGUCGAAUGAUGUUAACCUCCGGACAAUCCCUGAAGUAUCGUAGUUCUAUCCAUGCUUUUCGGGAGAUCAUUCAUCUGGAGGGGUUUUCAGCAUUAUUUCGAGGAGUUACUGCUAAUAUGCUUCUUGGAGUAGCAGGAGCUGGAGUACUUGCAGGCUAUGAUCAGUUGCAUCGAGUUGCUCAUCGACAAGGCUACGUUUUCGAGUCUUAUAAAGGUACACUAAAGUAAAUGCCAGUCUUAUGUAAAUA